AUGGUGGAUGAUGAGGAACCAGAGGGAGAGGCGAAAGCGGAGGCGACAGGUGAUCCACAAGAUCAGGGACAAGAAAAGACCGAGGUGGAUUUCAAGGACGUGGGCCAGGAUGAAGUGAGGGAGGCCGCUCGCACGAGGCAGAAUGCCUUGGAUCGGCCACGCUGGGAAAAGUUGCAAGACCUAGACCAGUUGGAGGAGGCAGUGAAACUUGUUGAGAAAGCGGUGGCCGACAGACAAACGCGUCAGCCUGCGCUGAUCCGGCAGUUGGCCUUCUACUUCUCAGACGGCAACCUGCGGCGCGACCGUUUCCUGCGGGAGAAGAUCGUCUCCUCUGACGAUGGUUUCGUGCCCAUCUCAGUCAUUUUACCUUUCAACCGGUUGAAGCUCAUGGGCUGCUCCACCCGUGCAGAAGUCUGUGCAGCGGUGGAGGCAGCCGAGGCCAAGUUCAACCUGGAACUGUCGGAGCAGCGGGACGGCAUCCGCCGGCGGGGCAACGUGCCUCCGCCGCCCCUGUCCUUCGGCGGACCUGGGAGCGACUUCGAGAAGCGGUCGGUGCAGCUGGCCGGCUUUCCGACAGGUGCCACCCCGGAGCCGAGCCUCGAAGAGGUGACGCAACUCUGCGAGCCCUUCGGGGUGGUCGCCUUCGUUCGGUUGCUCCGCGAAGUGGGCAGUGGCGGGAGCUCCGGCACCAAGCCCUUCGCUGGGCGCGUGGAGGUGGAGUUCCAAACGGAGGAGGCUGCGGUGGCGCAGAGGCUGCGUGAGGUGUACGAGGCAAAGUUUGCCUUUCCCUCUUGGAGCUGCGAGCGCUUGGGCGAGGGCAGUCUGGAGGUCUAUGCCCAGAGUGUGACCGUCUACUACCCGCAGGGCGCUCAGCUCGCGGAGGUGAAGCGCUUGGUCCGAGAGCGUGAGCCCGUGAACAUCGGCAUGAAGCGACGCUACGACCAGCAGAAGAUGCAAGAGUACUUCGGUUAUGCCACUGGCGCUUACGGGCGGCUGAGCUCCAGCGAGCGGCUGGGCCCCAACCUCGCCGUCUACUGCCGAACGCCCAUGCGGGCGCCCGACGGCCGCGAGCGGGACGUCCACGUGAUCAAUGUCAUAGGCUUUGCCUUCGACAAGACUCAGCAGCCAGACUAUCAGUACUUCCUGAACCACGAUGACGAGGAUGGACGGAGAGCAGAGCUUGUCAAGAAGAUGAGCCAAAUGUGGGAAUAUAUCUAUUUCUGCGCACAUGAGAAGAAGCUGAAGUGCGUGCGGCUUUCGCAAGUGGGGGGCGGAGCCUUUUCGUUGCUGCUGGGGGGAAACUUCGACUACCAAGCCCUGAGGAAAGAAUCGCUGGAGCCGGUGAUGGCGCGGUAUCCCGAGAUCGAGACGAAGGAGUUGCAGUUCAUCCCUGAUUGGGUCUUCACGCCGGAGGGCGAGCGGUGCUGCUCGAGCAGCUUGUUGGUGAAUGCAUGGGAUCCCUGGAGCUUUGUGGGCAACGGCAACGCGGGCGACAACAGCCUCGAUGGUUACUUCGGGCGCUGUACCGCCAUGGCUGUGCUAUGCUGGCCCGACACCAACCCCUGCUUGCAAUUGGAGGACCGGUAUCGACUGGUGCCUCCCUAG